GCCGUGCCCGUGUGCACGGGGAGCAGCGCUCCGCUCCGCGGGGCGCCAUGGGGCGGGCGGGCCGCCGGCUGCCCGCGCUGGCCGCGCUCUUCUACGGGGCGCUGGCGGCCCUGGUGCUGCUGGGCGUGCGGGACGUGAUGUUCCUGUAUGAGGAGAACCGGUGCAGCAUGACCUACAUGUACGAGUACCCCGAGUACCAGAAAAUAAAAUUACCCAAGAAAACAGCCAGACGAUACCCAGCAUAUGAGCUGUAUCUCUAUGGGGAAGGGAACUAUGCUGAAGAAAACAAAAAUCUCCUACUGACAGGAAUUCCAGUUCUUUUUCUGCCUGGGAAUGCUGGCAGUUACAAACAAGUACGUUCUCUUGGCUCCAUUGCACUUAGAAAAGCAGAAGAUGUUGACUUCAAGUAUCAUUUUAAUUUCUUCAGUGUCAACUUUAAUGAGGAGUUGGUUGCAUUGUAUGGUGGUAGCCUGCAACGACAGACCAAGUUUGUGCAUGAGUGCAUCAAAGUAAUCCUUAAGUUGUACAAGGAUCGAGAAUUUGCACCGAGCAGUGUGGCAAUAGUUGGGCAUUCCAUGGGUGGUCUUGUUGCAAGAGCAUUGCUCACUCUGAAGAAUUUUAAGCCUGAACUCAUAAACCUGCUCAUUACACAAGCCACACCUCACAUUGCACCUGUAAUGCCUUUAGACAGAUAUCUUACUGAUUUUUAUACAGCUGUAAACAAUCAUUGGAUUCUAAAGGCCCAAGAUUUAAGAAAUUUAACUACCCUUUCUGUGGCGGGAGGAUUCAGAGAUUACCAAGUUCGUUCAGGACUGGCUUUUCUACCAAGAUUGAGUCAACAUGACAGUGCCUUAUCUGUUGUGAGCUCAGCUGUGCCUAGAGCUUGGGCCUCAACUGACCAUCUCUCCAUAGUGUGGUGCAAAGAACUGAUCCUGGCUACCAUCAGAGCUUUUUUUGAUCUCAUAGAUGAAAACACAAGGCAGAUAACUGAGGAUCCAAAGAAGAGAAUGUCUGUACUGAAUCACCACUUUGUGAGACACCCUGCAAAAAUGUAUGAGGAAAAUCCUGAAGCUUUUACACACCUCACAGGAGCUUUCAAUUGGAUUACAGUCAAAGCCUCAAAAUGGACUUACUCAGUUUACAAUGAUUCUGAUGGAAAAUAUUUCUCAUUUCCUCUUGCAAGCCACAGAAAAUCGUACAGUCAUGUUUACUGUGAAAAUAGUAUGCUGGACACAAGUAGCUGGAUUUAUGGCUGCAUGAACACUAAUUCAUCAAUGUGCCUGGAAGCUGCUGAUUUAUCCUGGAGAGCUGAGUUACUUCCAACCACCAAGGUUGUGAUGCUGAAACUUCUGGAUUAUCCUUCUUUGUCCCACAUUGUCAUUCAGGUACCACCUGCAGUUGGCAAUAAGUAUACUUUGGGCUGUGAAUUCUUCAAAGAGGAUUCCAGAACAGUCCAGCUCCCUGUAACACAUCUUUUUUCAUUUGGGUUUUCUUCAAGCAAAAUUCUCUUAAAUUCAACUGGAUUACUUUACAAUGUACAGCUCCAGCACUUUAACCAAAUAUAUCAAGCUUUCAAAAUUUAUAUAGACAGUCACUGCCAGUCACUCAAAGAAAGAAAACCAAGUGUUUACAGACUUCAUAUUCCCUGGUCAUAUGAAGACUCAAUAACUGUAGCAAAAGUUCCAUCUCUUGCUGAGAUUUCUGCCAAACUGCACAUUGCUCAGCCUCACAGUGACAGCAGCCUUCCAGAGUUAAACAUCUACUCUUCCCCAGACUGUCAGUAUGAAGUAAUUCUGAAGACAUCACUUCUACAGGUUCUUGGGCAAAUAGUAAGGUUCCAUGCUGGUGCUUUUCCAGUCUAUAUUGUUUCUAAUAUUCUUCUUACUUAUGGAGGACAACUGAGCACAUUGAGAUCAACAGGCCAGUGUUCAGACUUCUCCCUCCAACUAGUUAGGACAGCAAAGCCCUACAAAGUAGAACCUCUUAUAAGCAUUGUUGUGUUUUUGCAGGGGUUUAACUGGUUUAGAGAGAUAUGGGAGUCACUGUCACUACCAGAGGUGGAUGCUGCUGUACUGAGUAGUCAGGAUGCAUGGUUCCCCCUUGUGUCCCUGAUUCUAUUUCUUUUUGGGACAGGCAUUGCCUACUGGAGUGGAGUAUUUUUCUCUACAUCUCUGAGACUCUUCUCUUCAUUAUGGUUAACUCUGAUUAGACCUCCUGAACUUCAGAAAGAUAAGUUGAUUACACCCAGCAGACUCUGUGGGAUGAUAUCCCUUGCUUUGGUUAGCUGGACCACUUGUGGUGCAUUUGCUGUGCUCAUUAUUUAUCUUCAAUACUUGUUCAAGGUUGUAAAACUGCAUGUAACUGUGAGAGCAGAGCAAAACAUGCACAACAAGGAUUCAGGCCACUCAAAAGAAACUUCACAGAACUCCAGUACACACACAGUCAAAGCCCAGAGUUCAGUGGACAGCAUUCCAGAAGCAACACAGUCUCCCUCCAACAGUAAAACAUCUGCUGAAGCUGUUAACAGUCUUAAGAUGCACAUUACAGUCCUUAAUUUAUUCACGUGGAUUGUGCUGCUCAACUUGCCAUCUUUAAUUUAUUGGUUAAAAAACCUCAGGUACAAUGUUAGGCUUGAUCCUGAUCCCUGUAGAUCCACAGCUAUUAUCCUUGUAUGCAUCCUAGAAAUUCUAAUGAAUUCAAGUACUUCUGAAGUGAAAUCAAGUAAACUCUUGAAGAUUGCAGCCAAAGUUCCUCUCCCUUUGUCUGUUGCAAUGCUGGCCUUUGGACGAAUGCAUUUAUACAGAGUCCCACACUUUGUAACCUUUUCUCUUCUCCUACACGUGCUGUGCUGUUUUGUGUAAUGUUCAUUCUAUAUAGGACCAUGCACCCUAGAAACUUAACACUGGAGAUGGGAAAAAUUGCAACACAGAAAUGCCUAAAUUAAUAUGAUCAGUAGUUUACAUUUUGUGGGAAAGAGGACAGAACUGUGAAUACUUUACAGAAAAUUCAUGGUUUUAUUCAUGUUGCUUAGAAAACUUUUCCUGGUGUUUAUUUCAUGUCUCUGAAAAUGGAGUUAUUUAACUGUGUAUAAGCACAUGACUCAUAUCAGUGCAACAUCUCAAUACUCUGCCUUGUAGACACUUUGGUAUUUCACUGUACUGCUUUGUGAAAACACCUUUUUUACUCACUGUGCCAUGCAGUGUCUGUGUUCUGAACUUGCAUCUCUUGCAGGUCUAAAGUAUGCUGGUUAAAACUCAAUACAUUUCAAGCACACUGUGACUAUCACAAAAACCACACAGCCAAGUAUACUUUCAAUGAUUUUAUGUUACAUUCAAAAGCUGCCACAUUUGUGUCUAGACAAACUAGAAUGUACUGCUUAUAUAGAACUGUUAUUUCUAUCAAAUCAUUUGUUCAAUCAGUGUGAGUUGAACGUUUGUGAGAUUAUUGCAAGUCUUACACAUUUUACUUUUUGUGAGAGUGAGAAGACAACAGUAUUCUAUGUAGCUUUCUAUUCAGGAAGGAUACCAGCAGAUUCAUAAACAAUUUGCUGUAAUGUUGUUUUAAAACAUUGUCAGUUUUCUCUGGAAUUUUGAAAUUAAUCCUUGGACUUUGUCCAUAUGUAGAAGCUAGCAAACAUUGAGAUACCAGUGCAGUUGCUGCUCUCUUUCUAAGUAGACAAGGCAGGCUUUUUUCCUAUUGUAAACAGAGAACCAACCAUCUCCUAAUAAAUGCCAGUGCAUAAAAUGAAUAUGGAAUAGUUACAGCCCUGCAAACUCCUGUCCUGCCAUACAGUGCUACCUUCUGCAUGUGGGCAAACUCAGUAAUAGUGGGAAAUACUGACCAUAAUUAUUAGCUCUGUAUAAAUUUUAUCUUAGUGCCUAGAUGCUACAGUGACUGCCAUUUAUAAUAAAGCCUACAAUAGCUAUGUGUAAGGAAUUCUGUGCCCUGGGCAUGUGUUUUGCCAACAGAAAAAAAUCUCAGCAGUCCUUAGGUUUAAAUGAUGUAUUGAUUCUGUGUAGAGAUGAGCUUACUACUUGCUUCUGUGUUAGCUGUCUCUGCUGUGUCUGAGAUACCUGUUACCUUCAUCUGGAAACACCAAACCAGCUCAACCAUCUUAUAGGAAUACCAAGAGGAAAUCUGCUGCUUACAGUCAAUCAAGAAUACUCUUGAUCCAGUAGUAUAGCCAGCCUGACCCAUUAAUUCCAUCAUAUCUUAAUCUUGCCUAAGUGCCUCAGUUAUUUCUAAUGUGUUGUUAGGGUCAAUUCCUUUGAGCUGGCUGGAAAGACUCAAUUCACACAGUGACUUUCCAAAAUGAAGGACAAAUGUAAAGAAAGACACGUGUGUUUUGUUUGCUUAUAUCCAUAUCAGCAGUUCAAGUUAUUAAUAAGUCAUUACAAGUGCUGUAACUGAGUAAGGGUAUUGUAGUUAGCCAAACCACUGUCACUGUUAUCAGUAAUCUGUGUGCUGGUAUUCUAGUCUUAACCUUUUCAAAAAGAAGGUUAGAUUAUAUAUAGUGUUUGUAAAUCAGAAAAGUUAUUUGAAUAGAUUAUGCCUUGAUAUUUUCUAAUCAAAUGUAUGCUACAGUAUAUGUAUAUAAGAUAAUUUGUGUGAUUCAAUAUACUUGUAGCUAAAUGCACCAGUUGGUUUAACUAGAAAUUGCUGUUCAGACAGAAGAACAGAGUUGUUGUACUUGCAAAUGGCUGUGAAUGAAAGAUGGUGGCAGAACUGCACAGGGCUGGCAAAGGGCUGUGAAAUGUGCAGGGUCUGAUUUCUGUGGAAAAGAUAGUUUUCCUUGACUUUCACGGUCCAUUUGGUUUACUACUCUAUUUUACUUCUGAUUUUGUUUUGCCACCUUAACAGGCUCUUUCUGCAUGAAUCCAUUUGUUGGAACUGUUGACAAUGAAACAGACUUGAUAUUUGGCAUCUUUGAUAGUUUUCAAAAUAUGCCAUAAAGUGAAACCUACUGAAUUACAGCAGGAUAACACCUUUUUUUUUUUUUUUCAUUUACUGAUUUUGGUUUUUUAGGUGGAGUUCUAUUGAUGAUUGUUAGAACUCUUCAUAAAGUGCGUUCUGGUAUCUUGUGUAUUUCCUGCCUGAUUUUCAAGUUGCAGGUAGGAAUAGGUAUAAUCUUGAGUCUGAGAUCCCAGAUAACAAGAGUUUUUCACAUCUCCCUCUACAUUCCCUUUUCUCAGAGAUGGUUUACCUUUACUGGGGAAAGGAGGGGAAGUUUUACUCCUGUUUUGAAUUUAAAUGCCUUGUGUGCCAUUUAAUAGAUUUAAACUGUUGGCAGGGAUGUGUGUCUGGAUUGUGCAGUGAUCAUGGACUGGACAGCUUCAGCUGUUUGGCGGAUUAGGAGUUUAAUCCCAAUUAGAUUUGCCAUACAAUCAAUGGAUGGUAAUAGGAUUAGAACAAGUCUUAGAAUUCAUCCCAUUCUAAGAGAGGAUGAAUUCUCCUACUUGUCAUUCUGAAAAGGACUAGAUUUUGUAACAGUCUGAGGUUGUUUUUCAGGUAAAACGCAAUGAUUGUUUGUUGUUACUUUUGGACAAGAAGGUAAAUUAGGUGAAUCUGUAGUUCUGCCACUGUUCAGUUAUCAUUACAGCAGAAAUAUAGGAUAACCCUAUCUAUAUAUACACUGUUAAUUGCUUAUAUAAGGAGAUGUAAAUAUUACUGAAAUAUCCUUUAUAAUGAGUGGGCUGCACUUAUAAAACAGCUUUUGGCAAAUACAUUAUAAUGUCUCUUACUACCUUUAAUUACAUUAAAAUUCCACUUUAUUCAUCACAUUUUAGAUUAUCUAGACCAUGUGGGAGGAGGCCAAGGCACAAAUUGUAAGGGUUUAGACCUCAAGAUGCAUUCAAAAUAAGAACUAUUUAUGUGGAUCUAAUAUGAUUUUUUAUAAGCUAUCAGAAACAGAAUGAGGAAGCAGGGUAAAAACUUAAAAUACUAAAUGCCACUAACUUUUGGUACAGCAGAGUCUUUCUUUGACAGGGAGAGAUUUAAUGAGAAGCUUUUGGUGAUAGCUUCAUACCCUGAAAUUACUCUGGAAGUCUAUAAUCUUUUCUGCUUGAUGUCAUCAAACAUGUUCCUCACAGUCUCAUCAUGCUGCACUGACACGUGUAUCUAACACUUCAUAGAAAGUCUCUGUGUCUGAUAAGGAAAAACUCACAUCUUCACUGGAAUUACCAAAUGCACCUUGGAACUGAGUGAAUUAAUGUUGUCCAAAGCUAAUCUUCUUAGUUGUGAUUUAAAAGUUGCAGUGGGUCACAUUUCAGCAUCCUGUUGAAAGAGGAAUGGUUUGGGGGUUUUGGUGGGAGGUUUCUCUGUAUGUUUUAUUUCCAAGAAACCUGCAGUAAAUGGACUUAAAGUCAGUUUUAUUUCUGACAUUUACAGCUCUGCCCUGAUUUUGGUUUUGAGUGAGCUAAUUCAUGUAGCAAAUCAUUCCUUAAUAUUAAUUUGCUAUUUUUCAAAACAAAUGGAUGACUAAUGAUAAACCUGUGAGCAGUGCAGUAGUAAUACAUUGUAGAAGGCAUAGAGACUGCUGGUAUGUCUAAGUGAAUUUUUCAUCUAUAACCUAAUUGGACUAACUUUAAAGUCAGUGAUUAACAAAAUUAAAUGUAUUGACAUUUAACCUCAAAAGCAUUGCAUAUGUCUGUGUUUGAUACAUCUCAAUUUCCAUGUGUUUGCCAGUAACAAGUGAUAAACUCACUUGAUGUUCUUCUGAAAUCUGAUAAAUCUGAUCCAUCUGACAGCACAGAAUAAAGUCUGUUAUGUAGUCAUUAAUAAAUGUAAACAUUUGAGAAACUUCCAUUUGGAUCAACUUAUUUCAAUACAGGGUUCAGUGUGUUUAGACUUUUGUUGUAUUUAUACUGAGAUAAAACCAGCCAUUUACUGACCUUUAAUACUCUGAGCUAUGAAAAUGUUUUUGGAAGUGGUUGUAGAGUCUGUACAGAAUUGUGCUGCCGUUCUAAGUCACUAAGCUAGUAGAAAAUUGCUAGUUGUAAAGUAGACUGAAUUCUUGUUGCAUAUUUUCCAUUUAAUAUUUUAAUGGUGAAUGUUUCUCACUUAAUUUACAGCUUUGACUUUUUGCAUCUCUUUUUUUGUUUCUGGUAGAUAAUCAGUCUAGCUUUUGUAAGCAUUUAGCACUGUAAAAUAUAAAAUUUUCAUCACUGUUCCUUUAGGGGAGACAUACUUUUGUCACCAAAGCUACAUACUGCUGUUGUAUAGCCUCCAGGAAAUGUGUGACAAUGAAGGACAAUUCAAAACUAGUCUGUUUUUAAUUUUAAAGUACAAUUUUUACCUUUUUUUUUAGAGCCAGAACUUUGAACUAGAAUAUUAGAAUCCAUAAAGUCUUAAAAAAUUUGAAAAACUUUUGCAAAAACUAUACUUUCUGAUGUAUGUUUUUAUUCAUGGGUGAAUGUAUUCAAAGCUUUUAAUCAGCUCAUCUAUCCUCAAACUCAAGUAAAAAGUAUACACUUUGUCUUAUUAAUAGACACUGCUUUUAAAAAUGGAUUUUAAGCAUUUAGAGAGAAAAUUCCAUAGCUCUUACUUAAGCAAAUCUGCCCAGCCCUCAAUUUUUCAGGUGUCUAAGCAUAUAACUGCCUCAAAUAUGUGCUUAUUGCCUUGUAGGAUGAAAACCUGAACUGUGAUAUUUUGAAUUUAUUUUCUUAAGAUGCAAGGUUUCUUUCUCCAUUUUUCGAUGUAGACAGAUUUUGCUAUUCAUGCUGUCAUAAAGAAAUCCUGUAAGCAUUGUCUCUCUACAGUUAUUGGCAGCUUGUGCUCUGGAUCCUGUAGGAAUAUGUGGUGUCAGAGCUGAGUUUGUCUCUAAAAACCAGGAGUGGUGAACAUCAUAAUAUUUGUUAUUUGUGGCCCAGCAUUGUGAGUCCUCCUUCCCCAUGCAGCUCUCUCUGGUUCGCGGUGUCCCUGGCCUGUGGUGCCCAGCAGGAGUUCCCAGAGCAGUGGAACUGGGACUGACCUGGCAGGAAGUGCAGCAGAGUCCUGUAGACUCCUUCUCUUUGUUGAAAUAUCAGCCAAGACUGGUUUCCCCCUCCAACUUCAAUAAUUCCAGGGUAUAUCUAAGCAUCAAAUGUGUUGAUGUUUAUUUUGAAAAAAGGCUAGGUGCACUAUUUUAGGAUCAAUUCAGGCUUCAGUAUUUUCCACCCACUUCAGUCUGAGUUUGGAAAGAGGAUUUGAGACUGCAGCACCUGACAGCUGGAAUACUUUACAGAAGUCUACAGGUAGUAGACAGGACACAUAUGAUUAGAGUGUCAGACCAAAACUGAAAUGUGAAAUUCCUCACUGUGACUUUAAACUUGUAGCUUUCUAGAGAGAGAGAAAAAUAUAUAUAUACUGUGCCUUAGACCAGUAAAUGAAUACACUCUAACUGUAGCCUGUGGACUUCCAUAGCCUUAUAUUUGAUUUUUGAAGUUGACCAAAAAUAUUUGUGUGGAUCAUACUGAAACUUGGCAUGGGGAAAAUGCUUAAAAAUUAUUUUGACCCGAUUUUACACUUAGAGAAAUGAAGAAUUAUUGCAAGUACAGCAUAUUUUUUGUUUGGAAUCACACCAGCCAAAGUCAGAAAGUUUUAGCUGACCUGAAUUUUUCAAGCCUUUCUGUUGUGACCCAGAGAAAAAUAAGAAAGGAAAACUAGUUGCAGAUAUCUGUCUCAGCUUUGAAGUCUGUGUGUCAAACUGUUUUAAAACAUUUUGAUACUUGGUCCUCAAUAAAAAAAAUCUCAAUUUUAGUUUAAGCAAAAUACUGUAUUUAAGCCAUUAAAUAGCAAAAUCUUCACCAGUGUGAGAAGAAAGCUAGACAGGGGCGAGGUUGGUUGUUUGUAUUAAGGCUCCAGAAGUUUUGAAUACUAAAUUUUACUUUUUAGGAAAAAUAUUCACAUGUUAAUCCCUGAAAGUUCACAUGUAGACUCCCUUUUUUGGAGAAAAAAAAAAGUGCACUGUUUUUAUCCUAACUCAUUAAAGAAGACUAGAAAUACUUAAGAUCUUAAAAUCUUGUUUUAAUAUAGUAGAAGGAUUUCUUACGUGUAUUUUCAAAUACAAAGAUCUCAGGAAAAGCCACUGUUGGCUUUUUUUAUUGUCUGUAGAGGAUUCUUUGUGUGUUUUGAACAAAUUCUGAUUUCCCUCCCCCCUCCGAUAUAGCACUGAACCUUGGAAAGUGAUGCCAUCUCAGAGGUUAUUGUUGUACUGGGGGUAUUUAGACAUGCACACAAACAACUGCCUGCCAGCUGCUCACAGAGCUGCUCACAGAGCAAUACACAGCAAAGUUAGAAAACAUUUCCUUUCACUGAGCUCCUGCUUCAGUCUGGGUGCCACAGUGCUGAUGCUGCUGCUGAGCACAACAUGGAACACACCAUCUUUGUGUCUUCCCUGCUGCCUAAACUCAUUCCAGUCGCCUCACUUCUUAUUUUGUGGUGAUGUUUCAGCACUCCUGGCCAUUGGUGAUUUUCAAGCCACUGGAAUAAUGUUGGCCAAAAUACCUGGUUUGGGUCAUUAGUGGGGAGGGAAGGAUUUGUUGGUUGUAAAAGGACUUAAAACUUUGAAGAAAAAGUGUAAUUUUGGGGAAAAACUUAUCACUUCUCAAAGCAAUCUGUCUUAGAAGUUUUAACUCUUCCUCUGUGUUCAGUUAUUAUGUAGCUACCGCAAAUCUGAUGUACAUGAACUCACUCUUAAUAUUUACAGGUUUUUAGAGAUGUUGACAGGGUCUUACCUAUAAAUGUUUGAAUAAUUCUAUAGCAAAUUUUUGUGCUUAUAAAAAUGUUUAUAACUAAGUUCUUACAAAUCAUGUCAUGUAUCAUAAACUUCAGCAAAGUCCUUGUCUUGUGAGAUGCUGAGAAAACCUUGGAGAAGAGGUAUUUUUGGAUGAUGUUGUAAUUGCUGAAAGAUGGAAUCUCAUAAUCUUUAAAAACUGCAUUUAAACUUUUUUGUUGUAGUUGAAGGCAACUUGAUUUGGGAGCUGCUCUGGUAUGUUCCUGUUUUGUUUGGUGGUUUCCCUGGCUGCAGUGUGUACUUCAAUCUGUUUUUUGUCUUUUUUUUUUUUUUUACCUAAGUGUGUAUGACUUUAAGUACAUUGUAUAGCAAAUCCCCUGCUAAAGAAACACUUCUGUAUAUUUUUGUAUGGUAUUCCAACGUGCUUGCAUUGGUACAAAUGGUUGUAAAUCCCAAAAAGUGCCACUUGCCUGUGCUGCUCUGUGUUACCUGUGUGCUGUUGUACAAACACGCUGAUGAGUGUUGUGAGCAGUGUCUGCCUUUAGUCUUGCCUCAGGUACUCAUGUGGAGCAGUUUGGUGCUUUUCCUUCUGACUUGUAACCCUUGGGAUUCUAAGCAGAAAAUAAAAGUAGUAAACAAAAAGCCUUGUGGUUGGAGCAGUGCUUUAACAGGUGCUUCUUUCACACCUCAAGUACAGUGCAAAGAUCAUUGGACAGACUGGGUGAAGCUUGGCUCAGUACCUUAACUCCAACACCUCAGGCUUCAUGACUGGGAAAUGCAAUAAAAUUCAAAGUGUUUGCUGAAUAAUACAGUUUAUAUAGAGCAUCAUAUGUAUAAAACUUGUUCUCAGCUAAACUAGUAUAUUUGAAAUUUUUACAUUUCAGAGGUGAAUUGUGUGGAACUGAGCAAGCAAUGCUAUCAGCAUUUUCAUCUUCACAGCAAUUUAAUUCAAACAUACAUGAACGUUACUUCCUGUGCCAGAAAAGUUAUAUAAUUAGUAUAGACACUUUGAAAAUAUUUUAUUUAUUGAAGAUGUUUAUCAAGAAAACCUGAUGCUUAAAUUUGGGUGCCCUGACAUCUGGCUUUGACAGCAUUUGUUAAACUUAGCUACUGUCCUCAAAAAUGAGGAUGCAAUUUAAUUCAGUCAGUGGAGAUAUACUAAUAGUAUUUUAAUAUGAAUGUGCUCUGCUUAUAUUUAACUUUCCCUGAAGGAAAGAAUUGAAAUUACUAAAAAAAGACCAACCCACACAAUAAAAUGAGCUAUAGGUCUAAACAGACUUUUUAGCUCCUACAGUUUCUCAGAACUUUAGCUCAGGAAGCAACAAUACAAGUGUGUAUGGAUUUUUUUUUCAGACAGCUCACAGAAAAUAUAUGCUAAUUGAAUCUCUUGCAUAUCUGCAUGCUUCAUCAGUCACUCACAUUGCCUGAGUUCCUCCAGUAACAAAGCUUCUUUCAUAUUUGCAGAUGACUUCAGUAUGUUUUAUUAGCUGAAUACACUGCAUAUCCCCAGUUCUUUGUAAAGAAAUCAAUGGAAUAAAUUAAUUGAGGGGGAGAAAAGAGGUAGAAGAAAACUGCCAGCUCUUCUGGCUUUUUUUUUCCCCUCCUCUUUCCAAAGAUAAAGGAACUAAAAUCUAAUCCCAAACUGUAAAUCUUACCUUUCCCCCUUCCUGUCAUUUUCUCUACAGGAGCAUAUUUCUACUUCUAGCUGAAAUAAGUAUCUACCUAGAAUAUCAACAAAGACAGUUCCCUUACACUAACACCUGCCUUUUUUAUGUUUUUCUGGUGCUACUGCUCUGUUCUUGAUGAGUCCACUAUCUGGAAGUUGAGUGUAAUGAAACAUAAUUGAUGGGGCUUAAUGGAUUUUCUUUUUUGUGUGUAUGAUUUUUUUUAAAACUCCAAAUAUGCAGAAUAAUAAACAAGCUGGAAAAGUUGUCUUGAAUUUUUAUAUAUUACUGUAGUCAUGAAAACAAGCUGCUGUAUUAGCAGAAGGGAAUAAGAGCAGGAACAAGUGCUCACUAUGGAGUUAUCAAGUGUCCUUCCCUUGGCCAGUGCAUAUCCUGAGGACAUCUGGGUUUCUUUGUCGUCUUUGGGAAUGGAAGACUUGGUGCUUGAGAUCAGCUUGAAAAUAACACUGCUAGGAUUUUGUUUACUGUGUUGCUAAUGAUGUUUGGAUGUCCAAAACUUCACCUUCCUGGAAGGGUGGUGGCAGGUUUUUAUUUUGCUUUCAAAAUUUAAACCAAAUAAAAAUGUAAAGCUUCUAGUCAGACAUAAACAUCUACACUCUGGAGUAAGGUGAUGGUCAAAUAUUUUUAAUUUUAACAUGUCUGUUUAGGGACAUGUUUUAUGUGAUGCUAAAUCAUGUAUCAUCUACAUAGCAGAGAGAGAAGAGUGCAGUGAAAUAAUAAAAAAAUAUGAGCAGCUCUGAUAUGAAGAAAGCUAUGCACUAAGGCCAAGGUAAAUUAGCAGAAUCCUCCUUGCAGCCUUUGUCUUAGUUUCUAAUGUGACAGGAGGAUAUUAACUGCUGAUAAAAUCGGGGUAGGAAAGCAAUGCUUCCAUUAAAAUGUUAUGAUUUUGGAUAUUGAAGCAGACCUUACUUUUCCCUCUCUUUUUCCAGCAUCAAGAGAGUGAUCCAUAUCUCAUUUACUUGAAAACCAUUAGUCAUCAUUCUAGAGAUACAGCUAAUUACUUUUAACUAAAAAUAAUAUUUUGAUAAAGCUGUGCCAUUUCUCCUGGGAAUUGUUUUAAACUUCCUGUAUGCCUACUACCAAUUUCUGCAAUAUGGCUUGGGAGGAAUUUGUGCUGCACUGUUCGAUAGCAACAGGUCUGAAGAGUACCAAGGAUGAAAUUCUCAAGGGUCUUUAUGUCAUGGUUGGAAAUGGAAUCAUUACUGUAUUUUUGAGCUCCUGCUAACGUCAUUAACACCCACCUACAGUCUACUAGAAAUAUAAGUGCAGAGAUCAGGUUGUUCACAGAUUACGAGGAGACCAACCAAGAAGGGGCAAGCCAAAGCCAAAUUCCCUGGUAAGCUCUAUUUUAAAGAAUGUGAGAGGGAGAAUUCCUUUUCUCCCCCUGAGUCAAGUUGUGAAAUGAAUCUCUAGUAUGUGC